UCUUCUUUAGCUGAAGAAGGUGUGGUCAUAUUUGUCACCCAUCAAACUGCUCUGGUGAAAACGUACCUGUAGAAGCAUCAGAGAGAGUCUACUUGCUCGCAAUUGCUUGGGACCGAAAAGUUCAGGUUGCAAAGUUAAUCAAAUCAGAGCUAAAAGUAUAUGGGAAAUGGUCUCUUGACAGUGCAGCUAUAGGUGUGGCUUGGUUGGAUGAUCAGAUACUGGUUGUUCUUACAUCAACUGGACAACUCUGUCUGUUUGCUAAGGAUGGAACUAUGAUUCACCAAACAAGUUUUUCUCUGGAUGGUUAUGGUGGAGAUGAUCUUGUUGCAUACCAUACCCACUUUAUUAAUAUCUAUGGAAAUCCUGAGAAAGCUUUUCACAAUUGCAUAGCUGUAAGAGGAGCUUCAGUAUACAUCCUUGGUCCUAUGCAUCUUGCUGUUUCUCGCCUUCUCCCAUGGAAGGAACAGAUUCAGGUUCUGUGGAAAGCGGGUGAUUGGAUGGGUGCACUGAACAUGUCAAUGACACUUUAUGAUGGCCAGGCGCAUGGUGUUAUUGACCUUCCUAGAACCUUGGAUGCUGUACAGGAGGCCAUAAUGCCCUACCUUGUGGAGUUGCUUUUGUCAUAUGUAGAUGAAGUAUUUUCUUAUAUUUUGGUGGCAUUUUGCAACCAAGUUGAGAAAAUGGAACCACUGGACAACCCAAAUAGUAGAAGCAGUUCUGUGCACUCUGAAAUAAAAGAGCAAUACACUUGUGUUGGUGGAGUUGCUGUGGAAUUCUGUGUUCAUAUCAAGAGGACUGACAUCCUUUUUGAUGAAAUUUUCUCCAAGUUUGUGGCGGUACAACAGAGAGGUAUCAUUACAUCUCUGAGUCUUCUUGUGUUGAAUGCUUCAAUUACUACGCAGUUUGAUCUUUGAUGUCCAGGUUGAAGUUCAUUUUUUAAGUGAAACUUGGUAACUCAAUUUGUGAUAGCCGUAACUACAUAACAUGAGGCUAG